AAAACUUAUAAAACCAUACUGUGUUUGUUCAACUGACAUUGAACAACGAACUACGUGUGUGGCUCUAUUAGUGCAUUACCGAAAUUAUGGGAGAACAAGCUGUCACCACACAACCUAAAUCAAGUAAAAUUGAAGAGAGCAGAGAAUGGGAAUCAGGCUUGUUUCAGUGUACAAAUGACAUUACUAGUUGUAUUUUGUCAUUGUUUUGCCCGUGCCCAUAUUUAUGCUAUUUAUAUUCAUAUGCCAAUGAACCAUGUUGGUUACCUUGCAUUGGAGCUGGAACUGGUCCACUUAGAAUGCGUCAACGUUAUAGGCAUAAUAUUAAAGGUUCAAUAACGAAUGACUUUUUACUAUCAUGUAUAUGUACACCAUGUGUUAUGUGUCAGUUAAAAAGAGAUAUGGAUUAUGUGAUUAAAAAUAAUGAAGAUGUUUAAAAUGUCUACAUAAAAAAUUCAAGCUAUUUAUAUAUAUCAACCAAAAAUCGAAAUCAUUUGUGUCAAAGUGCAUCAAGUAUCAUUAUUUUGAGCGAGAAAAAAAAAGUGUUGACAAUUUACAAUAUCUUUCCACCUUAAAAAAUUAUCUAACUAAAUAUUGAAUUAUAUGAUUAUGAUUGAUGGUAAUGGUUUUUUAUUACUGUCCCUGGAU